AUGUCGGUGGCGUUUUCAUCGGCGCGCCCCAGGAGUAAAGGGGAGGUGACACAGCAAACGAUUCAAAAGAUGCUGGAUGAAAAUCAUCAUUUAAUACAGUGUAUAAUGGAUUACCAAAGCAAAGGCAAGACGGCUGAAUGCACACAGUAUCAGCAGAUCCUGCACAGAAAUCUUGUUUACUUGGCCACAAUAGCAGAUUCGAAUCAGAACAUGCAGUCACUAUUACCUGCACCUCCCACGCCCAACAUGUCCAUGGGUCCCGGUGGGAUGGGCCAAAGUGGGGGACACACUCCAAGCAACCUCAAUGACAACAUGGCACCAGGACUGCCCCCCACAUCAAUGAUGCAGAGCCAGAUGAGCAAUGGCCCCAGCCAUGCCCCCAUGCAGCAGCAGUCUGGUCAGGUGCAGUCGGCUAUUCCCUCCGCUUCCCUCAGCCUGCCAGCCAGCAACUACGGUAGCUCGGCCUCAGCUUCCGGCUACAGCCACGCUGCGCCCUCCUCCCAGGGCAGCAUGAUCCAGGGCCCUGGGCCUGGCUAUGGCUCAUCUUCGUCUUCCUCCUCCACAUCCUCUUCCUCCUCUUCCUCCUCCCGCAGCAACCUCAACAUGCAGUCUAACCAAGUCUCUAUGAUGCACCAACAGUCUGCCACUCCACACUACUCCUCAGCCCAGACUGGUGGGCAGCACUAUCAGGGACAGCAGGCCAUGGGCAUGAUGGGUCAGGGCAGUCAAGGAAACAGUAUGAUGUCUCAGAGGCCCAUGGGAUCCUACCGCUCCUCACAGCAAGGAUCUGCACAGCAGUACAUGGGACAGGACGAGUUCUACGGAGAGCAGUAUGGACACACUCAGAGCUCCAGCGAGCCCAAAAACCAGCAGUAUUACCCUGAUGGUCAUGGGGAGUACUCAUAUCAACAGUCCUCAUAUGGUGAGCAAGGCUACGACAGGUCCUUUGAUGAAUCUUCACAGCACUACUAUGAAGGAGGUAACUCUCAGUACAGUCAACAACAGGCACCGUAUCAGCAGGGCUCUGGCCAGCAGCAGCCUUUCAGCCAGCAGCAGUACUCCUCUCAGCAAGGCUACAGUGGACAGCCACAGGGAUACGGUCCUGGCCAGGGUGGAUCCUCUCAGUAUUCUCAGUAUCAGCAAGGUCAAAGCCAACAGUAUGGGUCCUACCGCUCCUCACAAGGAGGCCCUGCAGCGCAAACGCAGAGGCCCUAUGCCUAUGAACAGGGUCAGUAUGGAAAUUAUCAGCAAUAAGGUACCACAUCGUUUUCCUGUUGGAAGAAAAUGAAAAAGGAACAGUUCAACAGUGACACGCUGGCUCAGCUGUGGAGUAGAAUAUCUGGCUGCAUCAGAUUUAUUAUCCUCUUAUUAAUCAUCAUUCUAGCUACAGUAAGAAUAAAUAAGCUACAAAAUGCUUUCCUCAUAUGUUUUGCUAGCUACUGGGGGUGAAGUGCUACUGGCCAUUUUAACAAAAGUCAAGGUGCUUGUAGACUCAAGACAGGUAAUGUAAAAACCUUCCAUAUGGAUUAAGUAGGGUACUAAAAAAGGAGCAGUAAAGUUAUAAGACGAGCCUCAGAAAAUUGCCUGUAUGCUUUUCUUUCUUUUUUUGUCUUUGUCUUUCGCUCGUCUUUAUCCUAUCCCUCGAGUUUAAUGUUUAUUUUAGUUUACAAGCCUCUUUUUUUAUUCUCAGUGCACAGAGCAGAUCAGUGGUUUGUGAGACUUUGGCUAUAAAAAGCAAAUUAGCCUUGAAGGAAAUGUUCCUUGAUAUUUAUUUAAUAGACUCGGUCCAGCUCUUGCUUUCAUUCCUAGCUGAGACUCUGUUAUAUCUCACGAUAAGGGAGAUUAAUUUUAUGAAGGUGAAAACGUUGGUCCUUAAACCUGACUUAAUCAGGGGGUUUGUCUGUGUUAGUCAAACUGUGAUGUGUUGCUGUGUGGUCUAACAUUGUGUUUUCACUCUCUACAUAUGUCUUACUGAGGUAUAAUGGCACAAUAGAUAGCUGACUGAUCCAGAAUUAAAAGUGUGUACCAUUGUCCAUGAUAAUCAUACAUCGUGGUAGUAUUUUUGACGCUAUGUUUUGAGUGGCAUCGAUGUGUACAGACAUAUCGUGUAUUGUGCUGAGAGUUAAGACACAGAGUUAAGAAGGGUCGCACAACUCUGAUGCCAUUCAGUAACGAUUUUACAUUAAAAAAAAACAUAUCGCCACUUUGUCGGCACUUUAUUUUGCAGUGACAGUGUAUGUAUUGUCUGAUAUUUUGUAUUGUAGUGCAAUUUAGGCUGUUUUUAAACAAAUGAUCCUCAAAAAGCCAAAGUAACACAGGGACAGAACAGUAACGGGUCCUGCACCUCUACUUCAAUAAGUGCAAUACACUUCAGUCAGUCAUGUUGAGGUUGGUUCUGAUAUCAUCACUAUGAUAUAUCAUUAAUUGUAGCUUCUUGACAUACAAUGAUGGCAAAGACUAGGGCUGGUUUGUCUAAUCUUAUUAAAUGUUAUGUUGCAGGUUUCAACUGACGUCAUAUUUAAGAAAAUUAUUUUCUGUAUUUAUGUGACUUAUGGAUAGACUUAUGUGAAGUACUUCAUCAAAAACAUAAAGGUUUUUUUCAGUGAAAACUUGUACUAUUAUCUUUUGUAUUAGAUGAAGUAAAUAAUGUUAGAAAUAAGUCAAGAUUUAGAUAAGUGUACCUUGUACAAGCACACUUGCCUUAUUUUACAUAUGUAUUUAUGUUAUUUCAUUAUCUAUUAUCUUCA